AUGUCUUCUUCAUUCCUUGACGCUGUCAAGUCUCGCCGCACAUUUUAUCAACUCUCCCACGAAUCAACCAUCCCCGACUCCAAAAUCCAUGAGAUUGUGAAUGCCACGGUGAAGAACGCUCCUUCAUCAUUUAACUCGCAAUCGACCCGUGUCGUUGUGCUCUUGGGCGAUGAGCACACCAAGCUCUGGGAAGAAAUCGUCAAGCCAGCAGUGAAGGCGGUCGCCCCUCCUGAGGCAUGGGCUGGCUCUGAGCAGAGACUCAACGGCUUCAAGGCCGGAUAUGGAACUAUCUUGUUCUACGAAGAUCCCGCGGACGUUGCCAAGUUGCAGGAGCAAUACGCCCUCUACGCCGACAAAUUCCCACAGUGGAGCGAACACACAAGUGCCAUUCAUCAAUACAUCCUGUGGGUCGCUUUGGAGCAAGAAGGUCUCGGUGCUAACCUCCAGCACUACAACCCUCUGAUUGAUCAAAAGAUUGCCUCCACCUGGAAUGUCGACCCCAAAUGGAGCUUGAAGGCACAACUUGUUUUUGGCAAGCCCGCUGGCCAGCCUGGCGAGAAGUCAUUCAAGCCACUUGAGGAGCGUGUCUUUGUCCACGGUGCCAAGAACUAA